AUGCACUGUUUAGAGGACUUGCCAAGCGUCAAAUUUACUGAGGUAGGCAACUAAGAGUCCCGGGAAGUCAAGCAAGAGCACUGGAAUUGCGCUGCUACGUUCUGCACUAAUUCCUGGCGCACUAAAAACAAACAGUUGAAGUAUUACAGAUUGAAAGAAAUCGCAAAGUGCCUCGAGAAACGGCGUGAGUACAGUAAAAUUCUGAAAAACAAAGGAACUGACUUCGGUCAUGGUUUCAUUUUCUCUGCUCAUUGGAGUAAAGGACAGCGUGAGAAUAUUGAUGAUCUUCCGGAUUUACCCUGUGCACCCGAAUUUGUUGAGAAAAAAGCAACAAAAAAGACUACUCCAGUCAGGAGUCUGCCAAGCGUUGUUUACAACAACAGUCAAAGGGUAGCGAGGCAAAGAAAAGGAGGGUUCUCUCAUAUAGCAGCCGUGAUGAGCGUUCCAACAGUGACAUUUUGA